AGGGCGAGGCGCGGGCGCGAUUGGCCGCGCGGGCGGGGGCGGGGCCUGGCCCGAGAGCGGCGCGUGCGCGGAGCGACGGGAAGAUGGUGCUGAUCAAGGAGUUCCGAGUGGUUUUACCUUGCUCAGUGCAAGAGUAUCAAGUCGGGCAACUUUAUUCUGUGGCAGAAGCUAGCAAAAAUGAAACAGGAGGAGGGGAAGGCAUUCAAGUCUUAAAAAACGAGCCUUAUGAAGAGGAUGGUGAGAAGGGACAAUAUACUCACAAGAUCUACCAUUUAAAGAGUAAAGUCCCUGGCUUUGUAAGGAUGAUUGCUCCAGAAGGCUCCCUGGUGUUCCAUGAGAAAGCCUGGAAUGCGUAUCCCUACUGUAGAACAAUUGUGACAAAUGAAUACAUGAAAGAUGACUUCUUCAUAAAAAUUGAGACCUGGCAUAAACCAGAUUUGGGGACAACAGAGAAUGUGCACAAUUUAGAUCCCAACACGUGGAGGAGUGUUGAAGUUGUCCAUAUUGAUAUUGCAGAUAGAACUCAAGUAGAACCAGGAGACUACAAAGCUGAUGAAGAUCCUGCAUUAUUCCAGUCAGUUAAGACGAAGAGAGGACCUCUGGGGCCAAAUUGGAAGAAAGAGCUAGCAACUGAUGAGGAGUGUCCCAAAAUGUGUGCUUACAAGUUGGUGACCAUCAAAUUCAAGUGGUGGGGACUGCAGAACAAAGUUGAAAACUUUAUACAAAAGCAAGAAAAAAGGAUAUUUACCAACUUCCAUCGCCAGCUGUUCUGUUGGAUUGACAGGUGGAUUGAACUGACUAUGGAGGACAUUAGGAGAAUGGAGGAUGAAACCCAGAGGGAGCUGGAAGCGCUGCGUAACCAAGGCCAAGUGAGAGGAACGAGCGCUGCCAAUGAUGAGUGACGACGGGCGAUGCCGGUGCCGGAUCUCGGAUGUGUGUGUGGGUGCAUGACCUGUAUAUAACUAUACACGCACAUGCAGACGGAAGGGGUGGUUACAGUGUCUCCGGGUGCUAUACCUGUCCUAGCAAAGAUUCCAAGGAAACUGCUUUCAUUAUGUAUACCCCAAGCAAAUAAAAAUCAACUGAGUAGUGUCAUUUAAA